AUGGCGUUCUUAAUUCUAGUCAUUGGCGACCUUCACAUCCCAGAUCGCGCCCUCGAUAUCCCCCCAAAGUUCAAGAAGCUCCUCGCUCCAGGAAAGAUCGGCCAGACCCUCUGCCUGGGCAACCUGACAGACAAGCACACGUACGAGUACCUCCGCACCAUCGCCCCGGACCUCAAGAUCGUAAAAGGCCGCUUCGACGUCGAGGCCACCAGCCUUCCCCUCACCCAGGUCGUCACCCACGGCUCCCUGCGCAUCGGCUUCCUCGAGGGCUUCACCCUCGUCUCCAACGAGCCCGACCUCCUCCUCGCCGAGGCCAACAAGCUCGACGUCGACGUUCUCUGCUGGGGCGGCACCCACAAGUUCGACGCCUUCGAGUACAUGGACAAGUUCUUCGUCAACCCCGGCAGCGCCACGGGCGCCUUCACCGCGGGCUGGGGCAAGGACGGGGAGGAGCCCGUCCCCAGCUUCUGUUUGAUGGAUGUGCAAGGGAUUUCUCUCACACUCUACGUAUACCAACUACGGAAAGACGACAAAGGCAAUGAGAAUGUUGCUGUAGAAAAGGUGACAUACACGAAGCCCGUGGAACCAUCGGCAGCAGCAUGA